UAUGUCUUCAAAAAAAAAACACACAUACAAACUUUCCGAAUGCGGCAACUUUUUAAACUACUCACGAAUUUCCCUAAUCCUCGUGCCAUGAGCUUGUUUACACAAAUUCUCAAUCCCAUAACUGGUAAAUCAGAAUGGGAGUCCCAGACAGAGGACUACGAUUAUCACCAAGAGGUUGCCAGAGCCGCUUUUGCCGACAUGCUCCACGAUACGGAACGUAAUCAAAAAUAUUAUGCCGCCUUAAAGAAGACCAUCCAGUAUCUUCAUAAUUCUGGAAAGGAAGCACAUGUCCUUGACAUUGGAACAGGAACUGGUAUACUCUCGAUGAUGGCAGUUAAAUCUGGAGCUGACACUGUCACAGCUUGUGAAGCCUUCAUGCCGAUGGCACACUGUGCUGAAAAGAUCAUGUCUGCCAAUGGAAUGGGUGAGAGAAUUAAAUUGAUUAAGAAACGUUCAACGGAAAUCGAAGUAGGCGAGGGAAAGGACAUGUUUCGAAGAGCUAAUGUCUUGGUCACAGAGGUUCUUGACACAGAACUAAUUGGCGAAGGAGCAAUUGGUAUUUACAACCAUGCCCACAAGCAUUUACUUACAGAAGACUGCAUUCUGAUACCUUCUAGGGCGACAGUGUUUGCUCAGGUUGUUCAAAGCCCUCUUGCAGUUGCUUGGAAUCGUACUAAAAUAAUUGCUAAUCUGGAUGGCAACAUACUCCUAGAGAGUCCCGAUUCCAUAAGCAACUGCAAGGGUGAAGCUGGAGUCCAUGACAUGCAGUUGAGCCAGUUGCCGAUGAGUCAAAUGCGUCCAAUUAGCAAGCCAAUUCCAAUCUUCGAUUUUAAUUUCAGAGAUCCUAAGGGCAUGGCAGCUCACAGAAAUAAUAACUUGACGAUCAAAUCCGACUGCCAAGGAUCUGCUGAUAUGGUCCUCUUCUGGUGGUCAAUCGAUAUGGAUGUCGAAGGGGAAAUCGUACUCAGCUGUGCUCCCUACUGGGCACAUCCUGAUUUUUCAAAACUAUCCACCAACAAGGAUUCGAAGGUUCCAUUGCAAAAUAUUAUUCCUUGGCGAGAUCACUGGAUGCAGGCCGUCUAUUACAUUCCUAAACCUUUGAACUUGCAAUCCGAGCAGGAGUUCAUUCUUAGUGCGAAUCAUGAUGAAUACUCGUUUUGGUUCGAUGCCUGGCUAGCUGGAGAGGAGGAGCGAAAAGUGAAGCGACAUGCAUGUUCUUGCAGUCUGCACAUGACAUACUCUAGAAGUCGCAUUGGACAAAUGAACCAAAGUAUUCGUAACAAAAAAUACCUUAAGUUCCUUGAGGAAACAAUUGAUAAGUCAUCAGUUGUCUUGUCAAUCUCAGAUGGUUCGCUCCUGGGGUUGGCAUCAGCAAAACUAGGAGCAAAGUCUGUCAUUUGCUUCGAGCCACAUCGAUUCUCAAAGACGCUCAUAGAUUCAUUCAUCAAACAGAAUAAAUUAGAGAGUGUUACUAUUGUUGGGAAAUUGGACGAACUGCAAAACCUUGAUCAAAUCACCCACAUUUUUGCAGAACCUUAUUUCAUUACGUCCAUUCUUCCAUGGGAUGGCUUUUAUUUUGGAACUUUACUUUCGAAGAUCAGAGAUCAGUUGAAUGAAAAUGUCAAAAUUUGCCCUCAUUCGGCCAAGAUCUAUGCCGUUCCAGUUGAAUUUAUUGACCUUCAGAAAAUUCGAGCACCCCUCGGGAUCUGUGAAGGUUUUGAUUUAUCAAUUUUCGAUAAGAUGGUCGAUACCUCGUCACUGCUCGCCGAUGCUGUUGUUGAAGCUCAACCCCUAUGGGAAUAUCCAUGUCGAGCUCUGGCUAAAGAAAUAGAACUUUUAAGUGUUUCGUUUGAGAACUUUAAUGAAGACAAAAGCUGCUCUGGGAUAAUAGACAUAGAAGAAAACGGUUCGUGCAAUGGAAUUGCCCUGUGGGUGGAUUGGAAUAUCGAUGGUAGCAACAAUCCGAGGUCAAUUGUGACAACAGGACCAACUCAACCUAUAACAGUAGGGGACUAUGUGCAGUGGGAUAUGUUUGUGCGACAAGGAGUUCAUCUUAUACCUGAACCGAAUAAAGUUGACAAACAUGUUAGUAAAGUCGAAUGGAGUGUUGAGUUUCGUCCAGUUUCAGGCGAAAUAAAAUUUAAUUUUAAGAACAUUUAGCAUAAUUAAUGUUUAGAUUAUAAUUAAUUUAUAAUUAUAUAAAUAAAAAAUAACUCAGUUUUUGUUUA